AUGGGCUGGAAUUUCGCAUGCAGUAAUUUUUUUGCUGGGUUAUCAAUCUCUAUUAUGAACAGAUAUUCAACAGCUCUUCGUUUGUUUUAUAGAAUUGAGAUUUUUGGAAAGUUAAAAAUUGAAUUUUCUCGAAAAUUGAAAUUUCAUAUUAUUCUCACUAUUAUUAAUGGACUCGCAACUGUUCUUCUCGUCGGUUAUGGAUCGCUUUUGCCAGAUAUUUAUCAAGAAGACAAAUACUAUGUUUAUGGAUUAUUUGUAGAAAUGGCUGUGCACCUCAUAAUCUACAAAAAAUUCAUGGAAGAAGAAUAUGCCGAUGCCGACGGUGAAGAAGACCAGCCAAUAAACCAAAUUGAGCAAAUGCGCCCUAUUCCAAAUGUUUUUUAUUACUGA